UAUUCUGUUCUCUGUGCUCAAGCCUUUCGCACGACGACGAUGGCAGCUCAUGAUCAGGCGUCGGUGGAUGAUUAUCCGUCUCUUCUCUGGGUAAUAAUUCCUCCAGUCAUUUUCCUUUCCGCGUAUUUUACCCGGAAAUGGUAUCUGGCUCGACGACUUAGACUUCAUGGGAUCGGAAAAGGCGGUACAUGUGCUCUCAUUUCCUCGGUCCUCGUACUAAACAGCCUUUCAGCUCCUGGUUUCCAAACUAAUGUCCGCCGUAUCCGUGUCACUCCCGAAAUAGCUGCUCGCAUUAGGAGAGGAGAGGAAGUGAGCCCAGAUGAAAUAGCCGCCGCUUCUGCAAAAGCUGAAGCAGGGAAUGUUACGAGCGCAGUUAGUUCUUCCCCCAAAACGGAAGCACAAACAACUUCAUCUGUUGAGCCUGUCAACGAAUGGCUUCCUCAGUCUAUAAUUACACCGAAAAAACGGGGAAAGGGCAAACGUAGAAUUACCAGCCAACGAGGUCGUAGUGGUAUAACAUCCCUGAACACGAAAUCACCAACCAACGCAGUUCCAGAGCAUCUCAUCGUCGUGUAUUAGAACUAACUCUAGUCAUGCUCGACCAGUCUUCGCCAGGUGACGCAACUGAUGCUCGUCGAGCCCCCUCUAUCGCAGCUUUUGCGAGUGGUUACCAGAGAGUCGUUUCGCAUUAAACCGCAAAAAGUUUCACAUCCAAUUAUAGAUUCUGUGAAAUUUGUUUGGGAACACUCUCAGAUCAACUACCGUUCGACUUCGCGUCAAGGUAUCUUCAAGCAUGAAUUGAUUGUUUGAAGCCUCGGUAUAAAAGACAUUGGCGUAGGAGCAAAUGGUCACUCGUUCC